UACCGCGGAAUCUGGUGGCAAAUGUCAAAUUUGGUAGGGUGGUUGGUUGUCCCUCUGGUAUAAAUUUACCGGUAAUACGGCGAUAACAUGAUACCGGUAUUAUUUAUGAGUUCACCAAGCUACGAUAAUAAUAAUACCGUAUCAGUCCUUCAUCCUAUCUACCCAAGCCUAUCAUACGGUACUACCGGUGUGGUGAGCCUCCCUUAAAGCUUCUUCUGAUCGCAGUGGAUGGCUAUACCGUAGUGGUCGGCGGUUUGAGCAUAGCGCUCUUGUGCGAGCGGUUUGAGGAGAGGGGGGUCCUGCAUGGCUGGCAGACACCAAAAAUAAACCCCACCUGAGCUUUCCGAAGCCACCAUAAUCCCAGCGAGGAGCGAGCAGAGGAGAGAAGGAGAAGGUUAGCGAAAGCUGAGCUCACGUAGCUCUUUCCCUGUCUCUCUCUCUUUCCCUCUUUCCUUCCUUCUUUCAUCCAUCUCCUUUCCCUCGCAUCCCUUCUAUUUACUACUUGUGAUUGCUUUGUUUUUCUUCUUCUUUCUCUUCUCAUACCACGGUACACGGCAUCCUAUUUCCUUCGGCUUGCCUAGUGGCUUGCUUACCUUUUGCAGUGCCCUUGGAAGCGAGGAAGAUACGGUAGGGGCGGUUGGUUGACCGAUUGAUCGUUUCGUUUCCUUCUGUUUGUUUAGUACGACGUCAGCACAGAGGAGAAACAGGUGAUUUCAGCCUCACCUCAAUCUCACCCUACACCAUCAUCGUAGCUUUUCCAACCAACUCGACCUACCCUUUGCUCGCUCUCCAACACUAAAACCCUGAGUCGGGAUCGGGGGAAAAACGAAAAGAAAGAAGCGAAGAAAAUACUUUCUUAUCCCCCCCCGAAUAGCAGUAUUGCGACGAGCGUCUCAGUGCCAGCAGCAACAGCAGAAUCAAAGGGUUGGAGCCAAGAUAACACUCGGACAUCAUGAUAAACGUGGCCAUCCUCGCAAAGGCAAACUUGGCCCUACACAUCAUUCAGGCGUUAUGGAGCGUGGUGGUAAUGGGGGUGGUUAUAGCAAGCAUGUCAGCGAAUGGUCCGGCAAGCGGUGCGGUAAAGUACAUGUUUACAAUGGUUGGUUUUUCCUUCUCUGCUCGCAUCCAUCCACCCAUCGUCACUCUUGCAGACUGUCGUGAAAGCUGACGAUGGCGUUUAUCCGUCGCAGUGUUGGUUUGCGGCUCCGGUGCUGGUAUAUUUGACCCAGGCACCUCGGUUUGAGAGGACGAAAAUGUUUGCGCACCCGUAUUGGGUUAUUGGGGUUAAUACUAUAUUCUCGGUGUGUUUUAACUUGUUUACCCAUUCAUCGUUUUUCACGCUCGGGGGGAAACUGACGGGGGGUAGAUUCUCUGGUUCGCGGCUUUCGUUUCUGUCGCUGGCUACACUAAUGGUGGGAUCUCUGACGGAGAGGGGAAGGAGAAGGAUGAAAAGAUCAAGAAGGAGGGCGGUUGUGCGUUGUUCCCCGCUGGAACCGGUGAGGACCCCAAAGCAUGCAAGAUGAACCAAGCAGCCGUUGGACUCGGCGUAGUUCUAUGGUAUACAACCCCCCCAUCCCUCACCCCGCGCGCCAUUCAUCCCUCUGUUCCACUUCUUCCCGGUGAUUAACUCUUCGUAGGUUUUUCUGGCUCGGAACUACUGCGAUCGCGGGCUAUGCCGCUUGGUAUUUCCACCAAAACAGCGUCUCCCCAUUCGAAGAUCUUAGCCCGGCAGGGCAUGACAUUGAGGAAACCACCAAGGAUGCCUUUAGUUCUAACGACGAAUAUGCCCUCAUUAAUAAAGAUCGGGAUGAGGACGAUGGUGACAGCAGAUUCUCUUCCCACCAUGGACGUAGCGGAAGUGUGACAAGUUAUGAUACUGGUUACGACGCCCACCCCGGCAACCCUCUUCCUUGGGGCGGCGAAGGAAGCGCGUAUAAUGGAAUCGGAGGACAUGGACCGGUGGCAAUGAGCGGGAAUAGGAGGACCCCGUCGGGACUAAGCAUGCCCAUCGCUCCGGAUGAGGAUUACAGCUACAGAGGAGCGGGCACGAGAUAGGAUGUUUCUGCGUUUUCCUUGUCUCGUGUCUCCCAAUCUCCUUUUCCAUUCAGUUUUUUUCUUUUCUUUUCCUGGCUAGGUUUUCCUUUUAACUGGUGCGGAUGGGACGGGUUAUCUCCUUUUGCGUUUUAUAUAUCCUUUUGCGGCAUGGAACAAUGGAAAAUGUCUUUUUAACUUGU